AUGGGGCUCUCAGGACUUCUGUCAAUACUGGUACUGUUCAUCCUCCUGGCGGGUGUCCAGGAACCUGGGCUGGUUGAGGGGUUCUUCAGUAAGUAUUGGGGACUCAGUCCUCCCAGUGGAGAAAUGGAACUCAGCUGGGAGGAAGGAACAAAGAAUUCUACCCCUGAGAAAUGCUUUCCCCCAUCUCAGCCUGGGAUCCUGGGCGGGAAAGAGGGGAGAUAUUUGGAGUUUUCUUUUCAGGUAAGACGCCUCCGGGAAUGCAGGAAACAACCCAUGCAUCCAGACACAUGUCCCAAAAUCAAAAUACAUUGUGAUACGAACGAAAUAAACCAAUGUCUAAAGAGCAGACAGUGCCCAGAGAAGAUGAAGUGUUGCAACUUUAACUGUGCAAGGAAAUGUUUAAACCUCAAACAAGUUAUAUACAGUUUGCCAAAGGUAGUUGGCCCCUGCCUGGCCUUCUUUCCACGCUGGUGGUAUGAUAAGGAAACUCAGGCAUGCUCCGAAUUCAUCUAUGGUGGUUGCCUAGGGAAUGAUAACAACUUCCAAUCUGAAUCUAUCUGCAAGACCAUCUGCAAAAAAAAGAAAGUAAGUCCCACGGGUCCCAUUUCCCAUGCUCACCUGGGCUACCCUGGGAGAUCUGGGUGUUGGCUGGUCUGUUCUAGGAACUUGGCAGGUUUGGGGCUGAUAUAACCAAUUCAAUCAGGAAAUAAGAAUGCACCUUUGAAGGGGCAAGUAGAGGAAAAAGAGGGUGGGAAGGGAAGCAGUAGUCAAAGUUGGCAAGUAUGAGAUGAAUAGAGGGUACAAAGAAAGCUGAAGUGGUGAAGGGUCUGAGACCAAGUCAGAAGAAGGCCGAGUAAGUAAGCCCAGUGCUUGGCACCAUGAAUCAGUCAGUCACUCCGGGACAUUACUUCUCACCAAACCUCAUCAACAAUUCUCUUCCCUUUCCUUCUUAAGCUGAUUAUAGCUAGGACAACCACAUGCUACA